CUGUUUUUUUGCAAUUCUAUUGCUUUCAAUUUUAAUAACAUUCAGUCAAAUAUGUUUCUUCUCCACUGAAGGGAUUUAGGUCGUAUUGCUGGUGGUAUGAGCUGUGAAUGGCUGAUGCUGUGGGUAAAUGACUCGGGCUUCUCUGAAUUAUUGCAGUUCAUCACUGCGUUACCAGGAGGACUUAGACCUGGUUUGAGGAAAUGCAUUGUGUUGGAGUUGCAGCAACAGCCUGAUAUUGAUCUAAACGACUUGGACCCCUCAUUUGCUGCAAGCUUACCGUUGACCAUGAUGGAGCACCUGUCUAACUCCUCACUCAUAGGCGUACUGGAGCAUGUUCGACAACACUUCAUUGACUUCCUGCAGCUUCCACGACACAAACAAACGGCUCUGGCAGAGAAAGCUAUUGACGUACUCGGCAUCUCUGAAGAUGGCCUCACCGGAGUCUCCUUGGACAUCCUCGGCCCUCUUCUGCCCUUUCUGGACAGGGAUGUGUUAGAUGACAUCGACAGAGAUGCUCUGAAACUGCGACUGGAGGAGCUCAAACAAUAUUGCCUGCCCUCUGACACCUUCCGACAAAUAUCAGCUUUGCUUACAGAGAAGAGCAUGCUGGGAGAACCAAAAACAUGGACGGUUGGAGAUGUCGAGCAUGUGGGAAGACUUCUUUUCACACUUUCACCUCAGCAGAUCAGAUCAUUACCACUGGGUGAUUUAGGUAAAGACACGGUUGAGCAGGUUCUGAUGAGCCAGUGGAUUUGGAAAAACAGCGAACUGGGAGAAGCUUGCUGGGACUUAAAGGGAUUACGAGAAAAGAUGAACGUCCUCAUCCACAGGAUCAUUAAAGGUCGAUGGUGGAUGAGACGCGGGCCCAUCCCAAGCUGUGCAGACAUUAAAGGGACAUUUCCCUCAGCCUGGAGGUCCUAUCAGCUAAAACGAAUGAAGAGGAGAGAGCUGAAGACUUGUGUUGAGUUCAUCGGCCAGGAUGACACACUUGAUGACGAGCAACGUGAAGCACUUUGGAUGGAACUCAGACCAGUGUAUAAACCAGUGAAGCAGCUUAAACCAGAACAGGUGUUGGAACUGGGUUGUAUAGUGACUGAAAUGGGCGAAAGAGAGCUACAAGCUGUCAAUCUGUCCAGUUUGGGUGUAGUAGCCCAUCUUGGGGACCUCAAUGGGUGGAACGCUAAGAAAAUGAGAGCAGUUGUUCUUGGCAUAAUGAAGAGACUUAAAUGGAAACCUGAAGAACUUGGUGUUGUGGAGCUCGUCUCUCUUGGACAUUUGCUUUGUGGUUUCACUCCUUCGGAAAUAUCCAGACUUGACCCGUUCAACCUGAGUGUUGCUGCUUUGUUUCUGGGGGAGAUUGUACUGCCGUGUUCUGAGCAGCAGACCGAGGCGCUGACGUCACGAAUAUCCAAUCCUCUGGGCUUUGGUCCAGUCAGCAACUGGGGCUCCGAGGUCUUCACCGAGAUUGGGACUUUGGCAGCCGGGCUGGAGGACAUGGUAUUGUCUGCACUUAUAAAAGAGCAAGUGGAAGGACUGACGCCAGCAGCAAUAUCCCUGAUACCACCACGAAAAUUGGCUGUGGUAUUCAGUGCCACACAGCUGUCCUGGCUGAGCUCUGAACAGGCGUGUGCCGUGACAGAGGAGCAGUGGGCAGAAUUAGACAGCGAACAAAGACAAGCACUUGACAUGGCUCAGUUUGAAGGAGAAUUCAUGCUUGGACACAGAGGCAGGAGCCAGGCGGCAUCGUUACGGUUUACAGGCUGCUUCACAAAAUGUUUAUUAUUUCUUGUCUGUACAUUGUUGAAUCUCUUUUAACAAUUAAAACUAAGGAUAUU